GCAGCCCUCAUCCAGAGUUAGCGGCGGAGUUUUCCACGGCAAAGAAGACGGAUCGGAUUUUCAGUACCAACUAGAAAGUCCAGUUCGACCGACCGAAAUGUCACAGGAGCAUGACAAUAAGCGGGCGGUCCUGGUUCUCCAGAACGAGCCGGGCUAUGGCGGCCAGCGUCGCUCCUUCACCACAGAAGACGAAGCCUGGAAAUCCUUCUUGGAGAACCCGCUGACGGCUGCCACCAAGGCCAUGAUGAGCAUCAACGGGGACGAGGACAGCGCCGCAGCUCUCGGGCUGCUGUACGACUACUAUAAGGUGCCCAGGGAAAAGAGAACAAUAACCCAAAGCAAGCCAGAAGCCCUGGUCUGUGAUGUGGAUCCCAACAAAAGACACCAGAUCCAGGCCGGACACCACCCCAUAGCUCAACAUCAGGAGGGCGGUAUGGAGAACAGGAUUCAGGUCCUCAAGGGGCCCUUUAAUAUUCUUCAGCUGACCCAGGACAAGAGGGCCCAGUUCCCCACACCGGACACGACCGUCACCGUUUCCCUCGCCGCCGUGCCAAACUACCCGUCCGUCAAGACAGAGAUGCCCACGCACGGCUUCUCGGUGACCGUGCCGAACAACUGUGCCGAAACCGACGCCCAUGUGGGCGUCUAUGACCGCCAGCUCACCCACAACACGGUGCAGUUCAGUCCCAGCACCCAUUCCCGUACGCCCCCCGACUCCACCUUCUCCGAGAGUUACAAGGACGGUUCCCAGGAGGUGUAUUCCUUCCCUGGGGAUAUCCAGUUACGUAUGGCGUCCAUGACGCCUGAGGACUACACUCAUUUUAACACCUUGCCGGGGAAUAACUUUGAGUCCACCCUUGAGGCGUCCAAGUCUCUGCGUCAGAAGACGGGCGACGGGACGAUGACGUACCUCAACAAGGGCCAGUUUUACCCCAUCACCCUCAGGGAGGUUGACAACAAAGGAAUGCAGCAACCCAUUACCAAAGUCAGGAGUGUCGUGAUGGUGGUGUUCGGAGAGGAGAAGUGCAGAGAUGACCAGCUGAAGCACUGGAAGUAUUGGCACUCCAGACAGCACACCGCCAAACAGAGGUGUCUGGAUAUUGCUGACUACAAGGAGAGCUUCAACACCAUCGGUAACAUCGAGGAGAUUUCCUAUAACGCCAUUUCCUUCACCUGGGACACCAAUGAUGAGGCCAAAAUCUUCAUCUCCGUCAACUGCCUGAGCACCGACUUCUCCUCCCAGAAGGGCGUGAAGGGGCUUCCUCUGAACCUGCAGAUUGACACCUACAGCUACAACAACCGCAGCAACAAGCCCAUCCACCGCGCAUUCUGCCAGAUCAAAGUCUUCUGCGACAAGGGGGCCGAGAGGAAGAUCCGAGACGAGGAGAGGAAGCAGUCCCGCCGAAAAGGGAAGGUCGCCGAGCUUAACCCUGGCCUCGCCUUUGUAGAUGCCAAAGUCCCCAUCCUCCAGAAGCGCAACGACAUGACCAUCUUCAAGAUGUUGACUGACCACGAGACCCAGCCCGUCCUUUUCAUUCCUGACAUCCACCUCUCCACCUUCCAGCGCCAUACUUUCCCAACCGACGACGCAGAGGACAGUUUGGGCAUGAAGAGACCCUUCAGCGAUGAGGAGUUUGGUUCGACUCCAAACAAGAUGGCGAGAGGAGGGGAACCAAAGAAAGUGCUGCUGUACGUGCGCAAGGAGACGGAGGAGGUGUUCGAUGCCCUCAUGCUGAAGAAUCCCACGCUGAAAGGCCUGGUGGAAGCUAUUUCAGAGAAGUAUGAAUUACCUUUGGAAAAGGUUGAAAAAGUCUAUAAGAAGUGCAAGAAAGGGAUCCUAGUGCACAUGGAUGACAACAUCAUCAAACACUACUCAAACGAAGACACCUUCCAGAUCACCAUGGAGGAGAUGGGCGGCAUGUACAAACUUACCCUCACUGAGAUCUGAUUGGACGGGAGAUGGUGACAUCACCCAGAACCAGAGGGAUGGAGGACGAAUGAAAUGGAGCCGUCAGGAGUAGUGGUUUACACGUCUAGCUAUGCAGUGAUUAUGGACUUGAUUUAAAACUUAAAUCAUGUUGUCUCUGUGCUGUAUUAUCAUCAAACUAAUUUUAAAAGUCCCACAAAAGGUAUUUAAAUAAGCCUUAGCUCUUAAAAAAACCCCAAUGCUGAUUAGAUAUGUAAGUUAUACAUAAUUUUUUUUUAAAAAUGACAUCUCAAAAUGUAGAAUAGUGCAUAAGAAUCAACAAGCUAGUACAGGUUUCAUUGUUGUGACACCUCUAUUUUGUAUUCAGUAAGUUGCACCUCAGAUAAUAAUGCCUACAUGUGUCAAUGUGUGUGCAGAGCAUUUGUGGUGCUGCUACCUCAUGCUAUGCAAGCAGCAGUGUUUCUUUUUACGAGGGGAACGGCUUGUCUUCUGCUUCCUGAAGCCAUAGCACUGAUGAUCGCGAUCUGUAAAUAUGGUGAUUUUGUGCCCAAAAGUAAGACAGCAAAUUGUUGACGGAGCCCAAGUGGUUCAGCGUAUUAAUACAAAACAACGUGGCAGUAUUUAGUGUGCAAAACUCUUCAACCAUCAUACAAUUAGGGUAGAAUAAUGUAAAUGUUUUUUUUAGUAGAGGAUACAUGUUGUUUGUGAAUGAAAUGACUUAAAAUAUGUUUUUUGUUCGAUCAAUAUAAAAAUAGCCUCUUUGUAAGUAUUAAAUAGUCACUAAAUAUUUAUCGAUAACGAUGCUAAAACACAGCUACCGUUCCCCUGUAGAGUAGUUUUCUGAAUGUUGAUGAAAUAGGUCAAUGAAUGUUGAGUACAGUCAGGCUGUUCUGGAAGUGCAAUAAGUACAUUUAUGUUCAGACACAUUCGGAAAAAUAACCUCUCCUCUAUUGCCAUAACUAUGAUAUAUGAUACAUAUUAUCUGAUAAGCAGACUUUUUUAAAAUGGAAAUAUUGUUGUAUAUACCACUGAAAAAAUUGAUCUAUCUGAUCCCUUCUUUUGUAUUUCAGUACUUAUUGUGUAUAUAUUUAUUAAGAGAUGGAUGUGGGUCAUUGUUUUUUUAAAUUUACUAUAUGUAUCCAAAUUUCUAUUAUUCCUAUUAAUAUAAUGUUUUUUUUCCUUUUUAUAUGAAGUUAUUCUAUGUCAAGGGACAAAAAGUUAUCAAUGUGUUUUUUUGUUGUAAUGGAUUUGAUGCACAAAGUGCCCAAUAAAAGUUCUCUAGCAGCUUC